AUAUAAAUCAAGUAGAUAUAAUAUUACACGGAUAUCAAAGCAUCUCAACCAAAACUAUUUCCUUUCGUAUGGCGGACUGUCGAGUUCGCUCUAGUUGUGUGAAUUAAAAAAAGAAAUUCGAUAAUAAGCCUAUAAUGGCAUUGUGCGCUGCGCGACCGCUAGUCAGCGUAUAUUCUGAAAAAAAUGAAGCAAUUAAAGGCAACACUUUAGCAUUGCCCGCUGUAUUCAAAGCACCAAUUCGUCCAGAUGUUGUGAGCUUUGUUCAUCAACAACUUGGUUUCAAUCAUCGUCAACCAUACUGUGUAAGCAAAGAAGCUGGUCACCAAACAUCAGCUGAAUCAUGGGGUACGGGACGUGCUGUAGCUCGUAUUCCACGUGUGCGUGGUGGUGGUACUCAUCGUUCAGGUCAGGGUGCUUUCGGUAACAUGUGUCGUGGUGGACGUAUGUUUGCACCAACCAAACCAUGGCGCCGUUGGCAUAGACGUGUUAAUGUAAACCAACGUCGUUAUGCUAUUGUUAGUGCUAUUGCUGCCAGUGGUGUACCCGCAUUAGUUCAAAGCAAAGGUCACGUAGUUGAUAACAUCCCAGAAUUACCGUUAGUGGUAUCAGAUAAAGUUCAGGAGCUCACAAAGACUAAACAAGCUGUGAUCUUCUUGCGUCGUAUUAAAGCAUGGGCCGACAUUCAAAAGGUAUACAAAUCCCAAAGAAUUCGUGCUGGAAAAGGUAAAAUGCGUAAUCGUCGUCGUAUUCAACGUCGUGGUCCACUUAUUGUGUACCAUAAGGAUCAAGGUCUUCGUCGUGCAUUCCGUAAUAUUCCAGGAAUUGACUUAAUAAACGUUGAACGUUUGAAUGUUUUAAAACUUGCACCUGGUGGUCAUGUAGGCCGUUUUAUAAUUUGGACAGAAAGUGCAUUUAAACGAUUAGACCAAUUGUAUGGAACAUGGAAACGUACAGCUGUAGCCAAAAAAGGUUACAAUCUUCCACAACCUAAAAUGGCUAACACUGAUUUGGCACGUUUAUUGAAAGCUGAUGAAAUUCGUAAAGUUCUACGUGCUCCAAGGAAGAAGGUUGUACGCAGUGUACGCAAACUUAAUCCAUUGAAGAACACACGUGCACUUUUGAAACUCAAUCCAUAUGCUGCUGUAUUAAGACGCAAAGCAAUCAUUGCCCAAUUGAAACGUAAAGAAGAACGUGCCGCAUUAUUAAGAAAGAAACUUGGUGAACCAGAACCUGAAGAAGCAAAACGAGCAGCCUUACAUAAAGAAAAGAGAAAGUUAGCAAUUAAAAAAGCCAAGGCACUUAGACCUAAAAAACCAAAAGUAAAGAAAGUUGACAGAAUAGCUGCUAAAAAAGUAGCCUCAGCCGCUAAACGUGCUGAAUUUGCUGAAAAACGAGCUAAAAUCUUAGCUGAAAAGAAAGGAGAACGAGCCGCUGCUAAAGCUGCAGUUAUUGCUAAACGUAAAGCUAAAGAAGCAUUAUUAGCUGAAAAACAAAAGAAGAGUGAAGAACUUAGAGCUGCUGCCAAAGUAAAAGCCGAAGAAAAAGCAGUACGUAAAGCAGCAUUAAGAGCAAAAGCUGCUGAAGCUAAAAAGAAGGCACGCGAAGAAGCAGCCAAAAAAGCCGCAGCCUUAGCAAAAGAAAAAGCAGCAGCUGCAGCAGCCGCCGCCGCUGAGAAAGCAAAAAAAGCUGCCACAGCAAAAAAAUCUGCAACUUCAGCAAAAGGUAAAGGAGCAGCACCCGCCAAAGGUGCAGCACCCAAAAAAGACGCAAAACCAGCACCAGCCAAGGGAGCGAAACCAGCAGCAAAACCAGCUCCACAAAAAUCUGCUUCAACAAAAUCAGCACCAGCAAAACCGGCGCCAGCCAAGAAGUAGAUUCUAAGAUAAUAAUUUGGAAAAAAAAGAAUUAAAAAUCUAGCAAUGUUUAUAUAUGUUUAUAUA